AUGCCACAGAAGCUUGCCAGUUUCCUCCGCCACCAUGCGUUAGGGUGGCUCUGGCAUUUGCUCCACCCAGCUGCCUCUCUGCCGACUCUCAGCCAGCUUGCCAGUGGGACCUACGAGGCUGCGGACCCGGUUCCCGAGAGCUGCCUGCCCCAGGCUGCACCUGCCGAACACAAGCGCAAGCGCACUGGCGCAGCCCUUAACCUGUGCACUUACAAUGUGCAGUCCAUGAAGGGCAAGAAGGAAAUACUGCGCGAACAGUUUGCGAGCCGCCAGCAGCAUGGCAACUUAGGAUGUGCCAUAUGGGUCGCCAGAUCCUCGCCGCUUGGAGAUGUUGACAAGCGCCACGUCAAGGUUCUCCUUGCAGAGCCCCGCAUCCUGUUGGCCAGGCUAAAUGCGCCGCGCCUUGACUGCUACCUCCUCUCGGCGCACGCCCCACACUCAGGAGCCACCGCGGCGGAGGCGCAGGCCUGGUGGCGGCGACUACAAUCCUGUAUAGCCGCACAUUGCAAGAAGCAGAUACCCAUCCUCACAGGCCUGGACGCCAAUGCCAAGGUCGGACAGUAUUGCAGUGAAGGCAUCGGGCAGCACGCACCCGACGACGAGACGCCCAAUGGGGAGCUGCUCCGUCAUCUGUGCGACCACCAUGACUUUUGCGCGCCCGCUACCUUUGCAGGGGCUCAUGGGAUUUUGGCACCUGAGGAUGAGGCGGCAUACACGUGGCUUUCGCCCACUGGGGGCAAGCACCGUAUUGACUACGUUCUCCUCCCCCUUGCGCUUCUUCCCAAUGUCCAGUCCAGCCGUGUCAUGCAUGACUUUGACGACGGCGGCCCUGAUGACCACUUCCCCUCUACUGUCGCUGUUUGCAUGGCCGGCCUACCUGCUGGCGAGCCAACGCUCGAAUACAGACGCAUUCCACUGCGCACGGUGGAGGAUGUCAGGAGUGCCCAAUGCGACGUUGACAGUGUUUGUCGAUCCUUCAGCAGCCAUCCCUGGGCUGACAAUAUCCACUCGCAUGUCGCGGCACUAGACCGAGCCCUGUGGCGCGAGUGUACUUCAGGCCCAAAACAGGUCCAGGCAGCGCGGCCGUAUGUUUCCGAGGAGGCCUGGGCAUUGAUUCGAAAGCGCAAAGAGUUCAAGCGGAGCAUAGCCCAACACGGGCAGCAGGGGGAACGGGCACAGCUACUGCUAGGCUUCAGGCAGCUUUGCAACGCUACUGGGGCCCGAGCCUUCCCCAAAGGCACGCUGCUGCGCCAUGCUUGCCUUUUUGCUGCUGCCGCUGCCUCCAAAGCCACCGCCAUUGCAGAGCGGCGCACUGUACGCCACAGCCUGCUCCUUUGUCUAAAGGCCUCAAAGGCAGCCUACAUUGAGCGUAUGGCACAGGUCUAUGCAGAGGCUACCACCAAGCAAGACUCCAAGGCUCUCUUUGCAGCGCUCCGCUUUUUCCGCCCAGCAGGGAGAGGCAUCAUCAAAGGCUUCGGGCCUUUAGCCAUACUGCAUGACGAGCAGGGUGAACCGGCUACCACUCACGAACAGCAACAGUCUGUGCAUCGGCGGCAUUUCGAAAAGCAGGAGGCUGGAUAUGUUCUUCCGCGAGCCGAAUAUGCUCAGCUACCAAUGCAGCCCCUAUGCCCGGAGGCCUUCACUUUGGCAGACUUGCCGUGUUUGUCGGAGGUCGAGGCCUGCAUUCGCCAGGCCAAAGACGGGAAGGCACCGGGACCCUCGGGGGUUCCAGUCUGUGUGUGGAAGGCUUGUCCUACUGUUGCAGCCGCCGCCCUGCUGCCAGUCUUCGUCAAGUCGCAUGUCAGGCUCACGGAGCCGGUACAAUACCGCGGUGCUAAGUUGUCGGCCCUCUUCAAGAAAGUUGGUUUGGCGGUGCAGGCCUCCAGCUUUCGCAGCAUCGCCUUGAUGGACCCUUCUGCAAAGAUGCACCAUAAGCUUAUGCGCCCAGAACUGCUGAGCAGCAUUGAGGAGAGCCGGCAACCGCUACAGCAAGGGUGUCUGAACAACAGCUCUCCUGUGGCCCUCACUCACUUCCUCCUCACAAAGGGGCGCACUGCAGCUGCUGGAGGUUUCUCCUCCGCUGUCAUCUUUCUUGACCUCACAGCCGCCUACUAUCGGCUGAUUCGCGAAGCGGUCUAUGAGCCGGACCUCUCAGACGCCACCCUGUGCCAGCUCCUCCAGAAGCUGAAAGUCAGCCCGGACUACGUCUCCGAAGUCGCCGACUUCGUGCGCACGGGGGGCCUCCUGCCCACAGCCUCGGCACACUUUAAGCACGCCCUUGCGAUGAUGUUCCGCCACACAUACUUUGUGAUGGAUGGGGUUCCCGAACUUACGGUGACGAAGGUUGGCUCUCGGCCAGGCGAUGCGAUUUCGGACACCAUGUUCGCGCUUGCCGUCACCAGCCUCAUCGCGGAGGUAGGCGAUGCUCUGGAAGCGUCCGGCAUGCCGAAGGCACAGGUCCCGACCUGGGCAGACGACCUCGCGAUCCUGGUGCAGGGACCUGCCGAUCGCAUCGAGGAGAUCGUGGCCGUAACUGGCAGUGCGCUGCACCACGCAUGCCUGCGCCGGGCGAUGAGUCCAAAUUAUGGGCCCGGAAAGACUGAGGUCCUGCUUUCUUUGGGAGGAGCGGGGGCCACCAAGGUCGGACACCGGCUUUUCAGAACUGGAAAGGGCACUGUCAGCCUCGACACGGUGCCUCCCAUUGAUGUCCGCUGUGUCUUUCAGUACAAGCACCUCGGCACGGUACUGACUGCAAAGGGCCGGCCCCUCAAGGACCUCCGAAUCAAAAUAGGCAUGGCCAAAGGAGCUGCAGCCCCCAUCGCCAAACAAGUUCUUCGGAGACGAGAAGUCCGGCUUGACAGCAGAAUGCGGAUCUUGGAUUCGCUGGCCUUUAGCCGAGCCAGCUAUGGCAUUGCGAUCUGGGGUUCUCCCAGCACUCAGGUGCUACAGGCAUGGGAGGCCGGUCUUGGGGCUCUGUACCGGUGCGUCACACCCCCUCGCCUCACUGAGCACGGCCCUGUUUUUCUGGAGCUUCACGCUCUUUGCCGGGAGGUAGCCAGGCCAAGCCCCCUCGAUACCUGGCGUCUCCUCAUCCUGGAGCACUUGCGUAUGUUGGGCGCACUCCAGCAAACAGCUGUUGUUGAUGCGCUUCUCGAAGAGGCCGAUGCUUCCGAGAGCGCCUGGCUCCAUGCAGCCACCGAGGCGGUGCUCUGGCUGGAUCAGUUGUCUGGCAAUUGGAAGCAGUACCAGCCAUAUACUUCGGCCACGGCUUUCAUAGACGCGGCAGUUUGUGAGCCACACAAGCUUGGAAGCCAGCUGCGACGCGCCAAACGGCGUGCGACGGCCAACGCGGGCGCCGCUCCUACCGCGCAGGAAGGCGCGGUGCGUGUUGCUCAGCCCUUUCAAUGCGAGCAUUGUGAUGAAAGAUUUAACACGCUGCACCAGGUGCGUGCUCACAUGUGGAGCAAGCACAAAAAGCUGACAGUGCUAGCUGCCUCAGCGCCCAGGAGUGUUUGCAGCUGCUGCUUACGCCAAUUCUGGCAGCACUCGAGGUUGCUACGCCACUUGCACCACGAUAAGCCUUCCUGUGGGAGGCAUGUCCUUUCCUUAGCACAUCCGACCCCUGCCCCGGUUGCCUGCUCUACCGGGCCUGAUGAGAGCCUGCCCCGGCACGCACUACCCGCCGUCCGGACUGCAGGUCCGCUUCCCGUUUCAGGAGAAGAGACUCUCUCUGCUGAACAGCUUGUAAGAUUUAGGGAGCUUGGAUUGUUUGAAGAUGUGGACAGUGAUUUUGAAGCUGCCUGCCGACGAUCUCUGUCGGAGUGGCAGAUUGCUAGCGAAGCCACGCGGGAUGCAGUUUGGGCUGCACUCGAGGAUGGCCGCUCAGCUACUUUUGCGGCGACGCUCCAACAUGCGGGUAUGGAGUGA